ACUUUUAGUUUAGAAAGGGGAUAUAAAACAACAUCUUGGUGAUCAAGGACCCAGGGCCUUGCUCUUGUAUGGUAAAAAAGGAGCAAGUGCUACAUAAAAUGGAGGCACCGCUGGGAUCUAGUUCCUAAAAUUUCUGUUUUUUGUUAUUGUUGCUGUAAUCAAGAUAGUCAUAAUCCCCUUUAACUGAAUAACUGUUUGAAAAGUGUAUGGUUAUUACCCAGAGUAAUUAAGUUUGAACUGUGUUUAGUUCAUGUGAAUGUGUGAUUUGUGAUAUUUUGGUUUAGUUUUAUUGUUAUUAAGGGAAAAUUUGUGUAAGAUGGAAAGCCACACUGUGCUAGUUGGUGAAAUGAAGAACUGGUGCAGGGGUGAAGGGCUCCAAGAGGACCAUGCACUAAUGGUGAUUGUUCCAGAGACAACCGAAAUAACAGCUAUUGAAGAAGCUUUAGGAGCUAUUAAGGUUUUGGGUCGUGUGCGUGUAAGAGGAAGGAUGUUCAGUGCUAAGCUAGGAGGGAUGAUGGUGUUGUGUGAGAGCAAAGAGAAAAUUAAUGCUGACAGUGUUCCACCCGAGGUACAUCCUGGGGAAGGGCAAGAAGCAUGGCCUAUAGUCAUCAUUAGUGAAAGGGCAGUUACAGAUGAUGAUUUUAGUGUUAAGGUAACCUCUUUAUUGCAAGCUGAGGGAAAGACAGUAGAAGAUGUGCAGGCUCUCUUUCCUGGUCAAAGCCCAGCUCCUUCAUCCACCGAAGCUAUUCUACGUGCUGUGGGCGAUUUGCUAGACAAAGCAGCUAAACCAGCCGCUGAGAGUGGAAGCUAUCGUCGUCUUCGCAUCUUUUCUGGCACGUUACCAACCCCUGCCGGUGAAGAAUCUUUUGAUCAUUGGUCGGAGCAAGCAAACUUGAUGGUGGCCGAAAGUGAUUGUCCUGAAAAAGAAAAGAGGAGAAGGAUUAUGGAAAGUGUUAAAGGCCCAGCAAUGGAGAUUCUCAAAGCAGUCAGAUUAUCUGAUCCUGAUGUCAGCCCAGAGCGUUGCAUAGAAGCUCUCGAAAGUGCGUUUGGGACUGCUGAAUCUGGAGAUGAUCUGUAUUUCUCUUUUCGCCUUAUGCAGCAACAAUCAGGAGAAAAGUUGUCGGACUUCUUGAGGAGACUGGAACGUUCUUUGACCAAGGUAGUCCAGAGAGGUGGAUUGCCGGCUUCUCAAAUGGAUCGAGCCCGUGUGGAGCAGCUUCUCCGUGGUGCUGUGACAUCUGAUCUAAUGUUAAUCCGACUGAGACUAAGAGAGAGAAAAACCAGUCCUCCAAAUUUCUUGGAACUGUUAAGUGAGAUUCGCAGUGAAGAAGAGUAUGAAGCUUCUCGUGCCAAGUUGAAUCCAUCAGUUCAUUCCAUUCAUGUAAAACAGGACGUUGAGGGAAAACAAGCUGAGAUUCAAACUUUAAAGGCUGAUAUUAAAGAAAUAAAGUCAAUGUUUGCAGCCCUGGCGACUAGGCCUCAACUUACAGAACCAGAAAGAAAUAUUAAAGCACCUGCAGAGAUAUGGCACGCACCUGAGAAGGAAGCCGAAUCUGAAGUUGCGGCACUGAAAAAACAAGUGAAAAGACUGCAACAAAAACUCAACAACAAAAGGACUAACAUAGACACUCCAGCUGCUGUCAUGGCAGUUGCGACAUCGCGUCCGGAUCAAAAUACUUCAAGAAGGUUCCGCAAUGACCCUGAUGAGCACUUUUGUUACAAGUGUGGCGAACCUGGACAUAUUGCUGGACAAUGCAGAAACCCUGAAAACCCAAACAAAGUCAUCCGGAAGCUAAUUCAGUCUCUUAAAAAAGCCAAAGAUGCCUGCCAGCCCACUACAGAUGAGCUAGCAGCCAAGAAUGUUGUCUGUAAUGCCAAGAGAAGUGCCGUAGAUUUACUGAGACCCAAAAAUAUCCCCCCUGGCUUAAUAGGGCCCCCAUCCAUUGAGCCAGUGAGAGUUAAUGGACAUCCAUGUGAUGCUCUGUUAGACAGUGGGUCCCAGGUGACCAUUAUCUUUGAGCAGUGGUAUAGCAAGAACCUGUCAGAUGUUCCUAUCUACCCAGUAGAGGGCUUGGAUAUUUGGGGUUUAAGUGAGUCUGAGUGCACCUACCCUUACAGAGGUUAUGUUGUUGUUGAGAUGGAGUUUCCAAAGAAGGUGGUGGGUACCCCAGCAAUCAUUGCAGUGUUAGCUCUGAUCUGCCCCACUCCAAGAGGUCCAGAUCAAACACCCAUUAUUGUUGGGACCAAUGCUAAGGCAAGCCUCCCCCAACGUUUAGCCAAACUAUCUGAGGAGAUAUCUGGGGAAGACACUGCCACUACACUUAGCGUACAGGGUGUUGUUACUGCUGAGAAGUCAGAAUCCAGUAAUUUGGAUAUUGAGGAGGAAGAUCAGGAGGUAGGACAGGUGAAGUGGUUAGGGCCUGGUUCCCUCUCGCUACCCCCAGGGGUUAGUCAUCUUGUUGAUGCUAGUGUUGAGUUCAGUCAGCCAGUAGGCAAAGAAAUCCUGAUGCUAGAUGUUUCCCCAACUGACCCCCUUCCAGCAGGUGUGCUGCUGCAGCCCAUGGUUGUGCCGCGCUAUGCACUGGACUCCAGCAAAGUAACUCUCCUGUUACAGAAUGAGUCUUUGAAAGAGGUGCUCAUUCCAGUUGGGACCAUUCUAGGUCAUCUGUUCUUGACAGACAUUGUAACAAACGUUCCCAAAUCAGACCAAUCAACAGAUAAGUUUGAUGCCAGCCAGAUUGACUUUGGUGACUCGCCAAUACCAGAGAGCUGGAAAAACAGACUCAGAGACAAGUUAGCACGGAGAUCCGAUGUCUUCUCUCUCGAUGAGUGGGAUGUGGGAUUAGCUAAGGAUGUUGAGCACAGCAUAAGACUUGCAGAUGACCGACCCUUCCGAGAACGAUCUCGACGUCUUGCCCCAGCUGACAUUGACGAUGUCAGACGUCACCUCCAAGAGCUUCUAGCUGCUGGCAUCAUCAAGGAGUCGAGAAGCCCCUAUGCAUCACCAAUUGUGAUCGCUAGGAAAAAGAAUGGGAAAGUGCGUAUGUGCAUCGAUUAUCGCACCCUCAAUCGACGCACCAUUCCGGAUCAAUACACCACUCCUCGGAUCGACGAUGCUCUGGACUGCCUGUCCGGAAGUCGCUGGUUCACCGUACUAGAUUUAAGGAGUGGUUACUAUCAGAUCCCGAUGAAAGAACAAGACAAAGAGAAGACUGCUUUCAUCUGCCCACUGGGGUUUUACCAAUUCGAGAGAAUGCCACAAGGCAUCACCGGGGCCCCAGCAACCUUUCAACGGUUAAUGGAAAAAGCUGUGGGUGACAUGAACCUCCUCCAGGUGUUGGUCUACUUGGAUGAUCUGAUCGUCUUUGGGAGGACAUUGGAGGAACACGAGGAGAGACUAUUGAAGGUCCUGGACAGACUGCGUGAAGUUGGACUCAAGAUUUCCAUUGACAAAUGUCAGUUUUGUCAACCAAGUGUUAAAUAUGUCGGACACAUAGUCUCAGCAGAAGGUGUAGCAACCGAUCCUGCCAAGAUCGAGGCUGUCACCACGUGGCCACAGCCCACAGACCUUAAGUCCUUGAGGUCGUUUCUUGGAUUCUGCGGUUACUACCGUAGAUUCAUAGCCAACUACUCCUCCAUUGUCAGACCCCUCACAGAUCUAACUAAAGGCUAUGCUCCAACACAGCGUGGCAAGAAAUCUGCUAAAGAACAGAAAACCUACCUCAAAGAGACUGAGCCAUUUGGUGAGAGGUGGGACCAAGAGUGCAUCGACGCGUUCCACAAAAUCAUCUAUUGCCUCACCCAUGCUCCAGUGCUGGCAUUUGCUGAUCCUAACAAGCCAUAUGUCCUACAUGUUGAUGCCUGUCUGUCCGGGUUAGGCGCUGUCCUUUACCAGGAAUACCCUGAGGGAUUGAAGCCUGUAGCUUUCGCUAGUAGAAAGUUAACAGUGUCAGAGAAGAACUACCCCAUUCACCAAUUGGAGUUCCUGUCUCUGAAAUGGGCAGUCGUGGAUAAAUUUCAUGACUACUUAUACGGAGCCAGAUUCACUGUACGGACUGACAACAAUCCACUCACGUAUGUGCUUACCACAGCGAAACUCAAUGCCACUGGACAUCGCUGGCUGGCCUCUUUGUCCACGUAUAACUUUGACAUUCUGUACAGACCAGGUCGACACAAUGUUGAUGCAGAUCUGUUGUCAAGACAAGAGACAGAGGAAUGGGAGACCAUACCUCUGGCAGGUGUUCAGUCUAUCUGUAAACGUGCUGUGUUGCAGAACUCAAACACUACAUCACCUACAUAUGUAGAACAGCUAGGAGCUACUCCUGAGAGUAUCCCAGAUAUCUUUGCUUUUCCCACUCGCUUAGAUGUGUGUUCUUUAGGUCAGCUCACCCGCUCAGAAAUUGUAGAUGCUCAAGCUAGUGAUGCAGUGAUAGGACCAGCAAUCCAGGCAUUGAGGCAGGGCCGUUGGUCCCAGGAAGUUGCAGCUAGGCCAGAGUUAGCAGUAAUUAAGAAAGAGAUGGGGAAGCUAGCAAUGAAGGAUGGGUUGCUCCAUCGUCUCAGCAAGAAGCAAUCAGGCGAAGAGGUCGCACAGCUAGUUCUUCCUGAGGUGUUUAGGAGCACUGUGUUGAAAUCCAUGCAUGAUGAUUUUGGACACUUAGGUCUAGAACGAACUCUUGACCUGAUCAGAGCCAGGGUCUAUUGGCCCAAAAUGGCAGUAGACAUAGAACAGUACAUAAAGAACUGUGGAGAGUGCAUCACACGUAAAACUCCAGGUCAGAGAGCCUCUCCUUUACACCAGAUAGUGAGCAGUGGACCAAUGGAUUUGGUCUGUAUAGACUUUCUUUCAGUAGAACCAGACUCAAAAGGUGUGGCUAAUGUGUUAGUGAUAACAGAUCAUUUUACGCGUUAUGCCCAAGCCUUUCCAGCUAGGAACCAAAAAGCUCACACGGUAGCUAAGAUCCUAGUGGAGAAGUUUUUCGUUCAUUAUGGUCUGCCAGCAAGAAUCCACUCCGAUCAAGGGAGGGAUUUUGAAAGUCGUCUGAUCCGAGAGAUGCUGAAGAUGAUGGGAAUACGGAAAUCACGUACAACCCCGUAUCACCCUCAAGGUGACCCACAACCAGAGCGGUUUAAUCGAACCCUUCUCUCUAUGCUAGGCACCCUCAGUCAAGAGAAGAGGAAGCAAUGGAGCCAGCACAUCCCAUACUUGGUGCACGCUUACAAUAGUACCAAGUGUGACGCAACCGGAUUCUCACCGUAUUUUCUGAUGUUCGGCAGGGAAGCCAGGCUUCCAGUAGAUCUUUGUUUUGGUACAUCACCUGAUGGAAGCAAUGUGGGCCAUCACCUUAGGUAUGUGGCUAAACUGAGAGAAGACCUGAAAAAAGCCUUCCAACUUGCUUCUGCUGCAGCUGACAAGACACAUCUGAGAAACAAAAGGUCCCAUGAUAAAAGAGUCGUUCCUUGGACACUGGAACCAGGUGACAGAGUGUUACUAAAAAACCUUGGCCUCAAAGGGAAGCACAAACUUCAGAGCCGUUGGAGCGCUGUCCCAUAUGAAGUGGUGGAGAAACUACCAAAUCUACCAGUGUACCGAAUCCGACCGGAGAGUGGAAAUGGUUGCUUAAAAACAUUCCACAGAGAUCAUCUCCUUCCCAUUGGACAGCUGGUGAGGAUGCCAAAGGUGGAGGAUGAGAACAAGUUGCUUCAAAAACCUAAGACAAGAGCAGACACACAGAAAAAACAAAGGAAAGUGUUGCAGCCUUCCAUCCAUGAACAGGAAGACACGGACUUGUCAAGCGAUUCUUCAGUUGACUGUCGUGUUCAAAGACCCCACCGAACAUACAAAACUUACCUGGAUAGAUUCCUACAGAAGAGAGCCAGAAGAGAUGGUCUUGAUUCUAAUGAUGAGGAGCCUGCACCUGUCAGGGAGGAGUAUGUAGAGGAGGAAAGAGACAGUCAGGGAGAGGAUGAGGACCAAGAACAGGGUUCAGAUGCUGGGGAGGAAACGGGUCCUGAAUCAGAGACAGCCAGUGAAGGAGAACCAGUUAGUGGUCUAGAUGUAAGGGAUAUUUCAGAGCCACAAGUUAGGCCAAAAAGACGAGUGAAGCCAGUAGUUAGACUCACUUACGAUGAGCCGGGUAAGGCUAGAGAUCAACCUAUUACUAUAGUACAUAGGGGUAUUGUAAUCAGAAUAGGCAAAUAGGUUUGUCUGACCACAGCUGAUGUUCCUUAAAAUGAAACACAGGGUUUAAAGUGAAUGAGGGCAUCCACACAUUUAGAAGGGGGAGGAUGUAACACACUGAGUUUCAUUGUUGUUUAUAGAAAAGAACAGGGAUUCUAAAAUGUUCAAUGUUGUAUUUAUGUUUACAAAUUAUGUGUUAUUUUAUUUUCUAUGGUGUAAGUUUAUCUUGGUAUGUGUUGUUAAACAUGUUAUGUAUAUAAAUAUUUAUAUUGCACUUCAUUUGGGAAGACUGGUGUAGUUUUGUGAAGUGACCAGCAGGGGGAUCGAGCGGUCUGGGUGAAGAGUGGAGGAGAGAAAAAGAAGAAGAAGGAAGCGGAGAGCGGACGUGGGAGACAGCAGAACAAAAGUUAGAGAGAAAUGCAAAGCCGACAGUGGUAAGCUUUGUGGUAAAAGUAACAGUUACAUGGUGGAGAAGACCUCUGUCCGACUGUCCACCCGACGUCGGUUCGUCAGUUUUCCCGUCCGUGUGGUUUAAACUGUGUCGUCGAAGUGACGCACGGAACGCCGUGGCUAGCUGGUAGCCUUACUAGCACAGCAAGGACAUCCUGGCUACACGUGUGAGCCGCCUUUUGGGUUUUUUCUCUUGAGCAACGAGAGGAGUCAAGCGCAGGAGGACGGACAUUGGUGAGGAGCUUUUUACCUGCUGUUGUCUGCUGAGAAGAGCGAAGGACCGGAGUCAUUCGGGACUGGUUGUGAGGAGUCGAGGACCGGAGUCUACCCCUGGAAUCAGGCCUGAACUUUGUUUUUAUUUAUUUUGCCGGCUUUAGUUUAAUUUGAGGCUGAUAAAGGGCCCUAUGUGUAUGUUAAUGUGAUGUAUUGGUUGAUUUUCAUUUUAUUUUAUUAAAUUUCCACCAAAAUCAGUUCUAUAUAAAAGUUUACUAUUUUA